AUGACUUCAAACAACUCCACCGAGUGGGUCGAGAGAAAUGAACCAUGCCAUACUACACCAGACUACCUACUAACCAAGCCUAUCUAUCUAAUGACCAGCGCCUGCGCCGAAUGCUUCCACUGCUGUCGCCGCUACAUGGUCGAGCCCCUGGUUCCGUUCUUCUCGCGCCACUUCUCGAACAGCAAUGUGAUUGUGAUUAAGAUUCAUUAUGGGGAGGAGGCUGAGGAUGAGCAUCUUCCCUACGUCCAGGAAGUCGAGGAUGAGUUGGACGCGAUGUGGGUGGAGAACUUUCAGGGGAUGGUUGAGAAUGAGGAUGAGGGUGGUCAGGAUGAUCUUGAUCUUGAUCUCGAUUAUGUUGAUGAUCUUGAUUAUGAUAUUGAUGGGUGUGAUUCUGAGGUUUCUGUUUCUGAUGAUUACGAUACUGAUGAUUCGGAUGAGACUAUCGAUCUGGAGAUUGAGGCUGAGUUGGACCUCGAGGACUUGGAGUUGGAGAUGCAGUUGGAUAGGGAGAUGGCCAUGGAGGGCUAGAUGUGAGUGAUGAUGUUGAGGUUGCUACUGACAAGUAGGUACUGCUUUUGGUGGUAUUCG